AUGCGCACCCAGAAUCGCGUUACGCUGCUGCUGCUGCUGUUGCAGAUGCUGAUGCUGAGUGCCACACCGAUGAUGGCAAUCCCUGCUGCCGCUGCUCCUGCUGCUGCUGAAACAGCAGCAGCUGGAGACCUGGACGAGUGCGCUCUAGGCACGGAUGAGUGCCACCCUGACGCCAUUUGCCGGAACACGCCGGGCUCGUACACGUGCAGCUGCACGCCGGGACACCACGGGGACGGCAGGCACUGCCAAGAGUCGGACACGUGCUCGUUGUCCGCUGGCGGGGGUUGUGUCCACGCGUGCACUCGGACGCGCGCGUCCUUCCGCUGCUCCUGCCUCGACGGGUUCCGCCUCGCGGACACCGGCUUCGACUGCCUGGAUGUGGAUGAGUGUCUCAGUGACAACGGCGGCUGCGACCAGCUGUGCCUCAACUCCAUGGGCAGCUACGAGUGCUCCUGCCGGGACGGCUUUCACCUGAGCGCCAACCUGCACACCUGCACGCCCGCCCAGCCCGGUGCGUCUCACACCUGCACGCCCGCCCAGCCCGGUGCGUCUCACACCUGCACGCCCGCCCAGCCUGGUGCGUCUCACACCUGCACGCCCGCCCAGCCCGGUGUGUCUCACACCUGCACGCCCGCCCAGCCCGGUGUGUCUCACACCUGCACGCCCGCCCAGCCCGGUGCGUCUCACACCUGCACGCCCGCCCAGCCCAGUGCGUCUCACACCUGCACGCCCGCCCAGCCCGGUGCGUCUCACACCUGCACGCCCGCCCAGCCCGGUGCGUCUCACACCUGCACGCCCGCCCAGCCCGGUGCGUCUCACACCUGCACGCCCGCCCAGCCCGGUGCGUCUCACACCUGCACCCCCGCCCAGCCGAUGGAGCCCAACGUGCCGUGCGUGUGCCGGCCCGGGCACACGCUGGGGCCUGACCUCGACAGCUGCAUCAAGACUUGUGCCCACGGCAACGGAGGCUGCCAGCACGGAUGCUCCGACUCGGAGCGCGGGCCCGUGUGCUCGUGCCAGGCGCGGUACACCCUGCACGCCGACGGCCACAGCUGCGUGGCAGACAUUUGCACGGACGGUGAUGGUGGAGGUGGCGGCUGCGUCCACCAGUGUGGCGGUGGUGGAGCAUGCAACUGCCCACAGGGUUUCCACCAGCCUCCCGGAGCCAACGAGUGCCAAGAUGUGGACGAGUGCGCUGUGGCUAACGGGGGCUGUUUGGGCUUCUGCGUGAACGCCCCCGGCAGCUUCGCGUGCCGCUGUGGGACGGGGUUCACCCUCCAGCCCGACCAGCGCUCGUGCCACGAUGUGGACGAGUGCUCGCUGCAGCUGGUCACGUGUGAGCACUUCUGCUCCAACCUGCCGGGCGGCUUCCUCUGCUCCUGCCGCACGGGGUUUGCGCUCUACGGACUCACGCACUGCGGAGACGUGGAUGAGUGUGCUGUCGAGAAGGGCGGCUGUGCCCACUCGUGCGUGAACAGCCAGGGCAGCUUUGCGUGCGGCUGUCCUCCAGGGAUGAGCUUGCACUGGAACCUCAAGGACUGCGUGGCCAGCUGCGUCGUGGUGUCGCAUCGCGAGGGACACCACGGAGAGGCCUGCGUGCUGUGCCCAGCCGUCGCGAGCCACCCCGGCCAGCCUCUCGACGGCUCCGACUGCGGCGUGCCGUGCCCCGCGGGCUCCGUGUCCCCGGACGGGUUCGAGCCCUGCUCCGCGUGCCCCCGGGGCUCCCACCAGAGGGAGGCGGGGCGCGUGACGUGCGCGCCGUGCGGGGGGCGCGCGCGGAGAGCGAGAGGCGCACGGCUCGGGGACUGCGACGCACGCGUUCUCUGCCCACCCGGCCACUACUAUGAGCAGUCAACAACAUUAUCAUCAUCGUCGUCGUCAACAUCAUCAUCAUCAUCGUCGUCAUCAUCAUCAUCGUCGUCGUCCAUGCACUGCCACCGCUGCCCUCGGGGCUCCUACCAGGCGAGCUCGGGGCAGCGGUGGUGCUUCCCAUGCCCCCAGGGCAGCACCACGGACAGCGAUGGCGCUACCAGCCUCACGCAGUGCAAAGGUUCCCGCUGUGGCGGGGAUCUAGGGGACUUGGUGGGCGAGCUGGAGAGCCCCAACUACCCCGGGAGCUACCCCGUGCCGACCACAUGUCACUGGCUCGUCACCGCUCCACCGCGUCACCGCCUCCUGCUGCUGCUGCCGGGGGCGGAGCUACGACCCGGUGACGUCGCUUGCACCGACCGCCUGUCAAUCAAGUCCAGCCUGUCACCGCAGAGCCGCGUGUGGCUGGAGCUGUGCUCGUCGCGCGCGCGACCCCUGGUGCUCAACGUCCCGGCGCGGCGAGUUUGGGUCGACUUCACCUCCGGCUCAACAGGCACCGAGGCAGCAGAGGCGGAGGGCGCGACAGCGGCGGGCUUCCACGUGGACUACGUGGCCUACCACGAGGAGUAUGAAGACCUUAUCCAGGACAUCAUCAGCGAUGGUCAUCUCUACUCCUUCGAGUCUCAUCAACAGGUGCUCAAGAACAAGAAGCUGGUUAAGACCCUCUUCGAAGUCCUGGCGAAUCCUCACAGCUACUUCAAGUCCACGUCUCAGCACGCCAAGAAUCUAUUUCCAAAGUCCUUUCUGCGCUUUCUAAAAUCAAAGAUCUCGCGAUACCUCCACCCCUUAUAAGUAAGGCGCGGCAGCUGAGCGGACGCCCGGAGCGCGACGUCCAUUUUUUAAUUUUUCCACUGGCACAACCGAUCCGUGCCGGUGCCGGCCCCACGACUGGCGAGUUGUUUUUUUCUUUUUCCACUAGCACAACCGAUCCGUGCCGAUGUCGGCCUCCUGGCUGGCGAGUCGUUUUUUAAUUUUUCCACUGGCACAACCGAUCCGUGCCGGUGCCGGCCCCACUGUUGGCGAGUCGUUUUUAAACUUUUUCCACUGGCACAACCGAUCCGUGCCGGUGCCGGCCCCCUGGCUGGCGAGUCGUUUUUAAAUUUUUCCACUGGCACAACCGAUCCGUGCCAGUGCCAGUGCCGGACCACGGCUGGCGAGUCGUGUUUUUAUUUUUCUACUGGCACAACCGAUCCGUGCCGGUGCCGGCCCCCCGGUUGGCGAGUCGUUUUUUUAUUUUUUCCACUGGCAGAACCGAGUCGUGCCGAUGCCGCCCCCCCGGUUGGCGAGUCGUUUUUUUAUUUUUCCACUGGCACAACCAAGUCGUGCCGAUGCCGGCCCCCGGCUGGCGAGUCGUUUUUUUAUUUUUCCACUGGCACAACCGAUCCGUGCCGGUGCCGGCCCCCGGCUGGCGAGUCGUUUUUUUAUUUUUUUCCACUGGCACAACCGAUCCGUGCCGGUGCCGCCCCCCCGGUUGGCGAGUCGUUUUUAAAUUUUUCCACUGGCACAAUCAAGUCGUGCCGAUGCCGGCCCACGGCUGGCGGGUCUGUUCUUUUUUUCUUUUCCUUUCACCGCAGAAGCCGAGCCACCGACGUCCCACGGCCGAGUUGUCGACACCCGCCCACCGGACGUCGCGUUGGUUCGCGGCGGCGGCGUCGGCGGCCUCUGGCGCCACAGAACUGUCGCUGGGAAAAACAGCGCCCGGAAAAACCAGCGAAGGGCCCAAUGACGCCGGCCCCGGCUCUCGGGUGUGGC